AUGGCAGCAAAGUUUGUAGUCCUCGCUCUGUUCGUUGCUGCUGCGCAAGGCAGCGGUAGCCAUGGUGAACACAGCAGCUUCUCCUACGGCGUAGCGGACCCUCACACCGGAGAUGUCAAGAGUCAGCACGAGACGCGCGUCGGUGACAGUGUGGUGGGCCAGUACUCGCUGCUGGACUCCGACGGCCACCGCCGCACCGUAGACUACGCGGCCGACGCCCACUCCAGCUUCAACGCCGUCGUGCGCAGGGACCCCGCCGUGGUCGCUCACGCCGCUCCUGCCCUCGUCGCCGCACCGGCCCUCCGCGUCGCCCCCGCUGCUUACGCCCCUGCUGUGUACCCUGCCGCCGCUCCCCUGGCAACCUAUGGUGCUUACGCCCCCCGCCUGGCGUACGCUGCACAUGCUUCUCCGUUGGCGUACACAGCCCGUGCCACACCUCUGGCAUAUGGACACCACGCUGCGCCCCUCGCUCAUGCCACCAUUGCAGCACCUCUGGCCUACAACACUUACGCCGCACCUCUGUCUUACCGUACCAUCGCUGCACCUCUUGCCUACGGCGCUGUCGCGUACGGUUCCCAUGGAGCUUAUGGAGCCUAUAGACAUGCCGCCCGUUACAACUAU